UGUGGCUUUAUGGAUAAUGACGCUACCCAUGGCCUGGACCCAGGUGGCCUCGCUCGGUGAUCUUCGCCACCAGGUCUGAUUGCUGCUGUGGCUCAGAGACUUUAAGCUGUAGCCAACAUGAUGGACGAUGACACUGAACUGAGGACUGAUGGAAACUCUCUUUUAAAGGCUGUGUGGCUAGGGAGGCUCCGGCUGACCAGACUGCUCCUGGAAGGGGGAGCUUAUAUCAAUGAAAGCAAUGACAAGGGUGAAACAGCUCUCAUGGUGGCGUGCAUCACCAAACAUGUGGACCAGCAAAGCAUCAGCAAGUCCAAGAUGGUGAAGUACCUGCUGGACAACAGGGCAGACCCCAAUAUCCAAGAUAAGUCUGGCAAGACCGCGCUCAUUCACGCUUGCAUCAGAAGAGCCGGGGGAGAAGUGGUCUCUUUAUUACUGGAGAAUGGAGCAGACCCCAGCCUUGAGGAUCGCACCGGAGCUUCAGCUCUGGUUUAUGCCAUAAAUGCAGAUGACAAGGAUGCACUGAAGCAUCUCCUCGAUGCCUGCAAAGCCAAAGGGAAGGAGGUGAUCAUUAUAACAACAGAUAAAUCGUCUUCAGGCACCAAAACCACCAAACAGUAUCUUAAUGUCCCUCCAUCGCCCAAAGUGGAAGACAGACAGUCACCUCCACUAUGUGCAUCUCCCUCUGAUAUCGAGCUGAAGGCUCCGGGCCUGGGCUCUCCACCCAAUGAGAAGGAAGACGACUUCUUCAGCCUCCAAACAGGGCAUCCAAGUGGUUGCAACGCCCCCAAGGCUCUUAAUGAGCCUGGGUCACCCACCAGGAAAGUCAGUAAUCUCAAAAGGGCCCGUUUGCCCCAACUGAAGAGGCUUCAGUCUGAACCCUGGGGCCUGAUCGCACCCUCUGUGCUGGCAGCCUCAAUGCGCCAGGACGAGACCCAUGGUGCCAGCACAGACAAUGAGGUCAUCAAGAGUAUCAGUGACAUGUCCUUUUCUAAAAGGGGGCCCCUCUCCAGAGCCAACAGUAUUGACAGCAAAGACCCUGCUCUCUUCCCCACAGUCAUGGAACAAGUUCUGAAGAUUCCACCCUCUCCAGCACCAGCCUCCUGGAAAGCAGCCUAUGAGAAAGGUCAGGCUCCCCACCCACGUCUGGCCAGAAGAGGAACUCUCCCUGUUGACCAAGAGAAGGGUGGCAUGGGUCCAUCCGGACCCUCUGCUCUCAAAGAGUCAGCAUCCCUCAAGCGUCUGGAAAAUGACCUCUGCGACUUAGAUCUACAGUCCGGAACUGACCCGCCCAACUCCAUUUCCCUCGAAUCAGGCAAAGGACCCUUAGAUAGAAAGAAGCUCAACAACUCCCACCUGUCCCUUUUCCAUGGCUCACGGGAAUCCCUGGAUACCGUGCCCAGCACAUCCCCCAGCUCAGCACGACGCAGGCCGCCACAUCUUCUAGAAAGACGAGGUUCUGGAACUCUGCUCCUAGACCGCAUUUCUCACACUAGGCCUGGCUUCCUUCCACCUUUAAAUGUGAAUCUGAACCCACCUAUCCCAGAUAUUAGAUCUAGCAGCAAACCCUCUCCCCCCAUCGCUAGUGGCUUAAAAUCUAUGGUCCCUGUUGCUCCAAGCUCACCAAAGAGAGUUGACUUGCGAAGUAAAAAGAAGCUCCUCAGAAGGCAUUCUAUGCAAAUUGAACAGAUGAAGCAGCUGUCUGACUUCGAAGAAAUCAUGACCUAGUAGCUUCUAGAAAGACCUUUAAAAAAAAAAAUCCUUGUAGUUUUUGGAAGGGACCAUGGUCUAUAUCAACACAGUUAUGAGUAUUCUCUGCUUCCUGGUCAUUCCUUAAUGUUGGUGUGUAGCCACUUCAGGAGAUACAGAAGCAGGGUGCUGCUUUACUUCUGAAAUAAUCCCUGGGUUUUUAUAGGCCUACUUGAAAAGAGCUCAAGAUAAUUGGGUUUUGAAGAUAAAAUUACAAAAAAUCCAUAUUUUCCAAAGAAGAAAGCCCUUGGAGUUUGAAGGUAACACAGCAAAGACAAUGAUCUAAGCUGCGGAUACCAGUAAUUUUC